AUGAAUACCUUCCCUAUUGGCUAUCGUGUUGCCCAAGCCAUCGGCUUCACGGGUGCUGCCUGGCUAUCUGGCAACAUAGCCGCUCUAAGCAUGAAUGCUGCACCUGCACUCAUACGUGCCCGGAAGGAAGACCAUUUACCCAUCACAAACACGGUUAAGCUCUGGAGAAAUCUCUUUGAAUCCGGGAAAUCCCAGAAUCCCCCUAUUGCUGCGCUCACCGCGUCCUCCUUCUUCUACCUUGCAUGGUCUACACGGUCCAGCUCGACAUUAUUCCGUCAAGUCGCGCCCAACAGCACUAUACUAUACGGUACAGCGGCAAUUUUAACCCUCGGUAUUGUACCUUACACUAUUGUCGCAAUGAGUGGUACAAAUAAUGCGCUUUUGGCCAAAACAAAAUUGGACUAUGAACCGUCUUCUCAGGCUAGUGCGGAAAUCGAGGAGCUCGUCAACAAUUGGGCCUUGCUCAAUGGCUUCCGAAGUCUUUUACCGUUGGCGGGUGGUCUACUGGGAAUUUUCGCCGCCCUUGCGUAA